UCUAAUAGAAUUGAAAUAGAAAUCGCAACACUAGCAGCGGUGACAGAGCGUCCCCUAAUAGAAAAACAUAACAAUUAUAGCAAUGGCCAUUGCUCUUCGCAGGCUCUCUUCCUCCCUCAGGAACCCAAUCAAACCUUACCUCAAUGGCGGUUCUCUCUAUUACAACAUGUCUUCUUUGCCUCAUAAAGCUCUGCCCGACGAAGACAAAGCUCGCGCCAAUUGGAUAAAGCAAUUGAAUGCUCCGUUAGAGGAAAUCGAUCCGGAAAUUGCUGACAUCAUCGAACUCGAGAAAGCAAGGCAAUGGAAGGGAUUGGAACUCAUUCCUUCAGAGAAUUUCACGUCGGUGUCGGUGAUGCAAGCGGUUGGUUCGGUUAUGACCAAUAAAUACAGUGAAGGGUACCCGGGGGCUAGAUAUUAUGGAGGAAAUGAGUACAUUGACAUGGCUGAGACGUUAUGUCAGAAGCGUGCAUUAGAAGCUUUUGGGUUGGAUCCUCAAAAAUGGGGAGUCAACGUGCAGUCACUAUCUGGAUCCCCUGCUAACUUUCAAGUUUACACGGCACUGCUGAAACCUCAUGAGAGAAUCAUGGCACUUGAUCUGCCACAUGGUGGGCAUCUUUCACAUGGUUAUCAGACUGACACAAAGAAGAUAUCUGCUGUAUCCAUAUUUUUUGAGACAAUGCCAUACAGAUUGAAUGAGAGUACAGGCUAUGUGGACUAUGAUCAGCUGGAGAAAAGUGCCACACUCUUUAGACCAAAACUUAUAGUUGCUGGUGCAAGUGCUUAUGCUCGCCUUUAUGACUAUGCACGUAUCCGUAAGGUCUGUGACAAGCAAAAGGCAGUUUUGUUGGCUGAUAUGGCACACAUCAGUGGGCUUGUUGCAGCAGGUGUUAUUCCAUCUCCUUUCGAAUAUGCAGAUGUCGUUACAACCACCACACACAAGUCACUUCGAGGUCCACGGGGGGCUAUGAUCUUCUUCAGGAAGGGGGUGAAAGAAAUUAACAAACAAGGGAAAGAAGUGAUGUAUGACUAUGAAGACAAAAUCAAUCAGGCAGUCUUUCCUGGACUUCAAGGUGGUCCUCACAAUCAUACCAUAUCUGGUUUAGCGGUUGCACUAAAGCAGGCGAGAACUCCAGAGUACAAGGCCUACCAAGAGCAAGUUCUCAGCAACUGUUCAAAAUUUGCUCAGAGCUUGAUAGAGAAGGGCUAUGAACUGGUAUCUGGUGGCACUGAGAACCAUCUAGUCCUGGUGAAUUUAAGAAACAAGGGUAUUGAUGGAUCAAGAGUUGAAAAGGUUCUGGAAUUAGUCCACAUUGCAGCUAAUAAAAACACUGUUCCUGGAGAUGUAUCUGCCAUGGUUCCUGGUGGAAUUCGUAUGGGAACCCCUGCUCUCACUUCAAGGGGUUUUAUUGAGAGAGAUUUUGUGAAAGUAGCUGAGUUCUUUGAUGCUGCUGUGAAGUUGGCCUUGAAGAUCAAGGCAGAUGCACAAGGAAUGAAGUUGAAGGAUUUUGUAGCAGCCAUGAAGUCAGAUGGACAUCAAUCUGAGAUUGCAAGGCUCCGUCAUGAUGUUGAAGAGUAUGCAAAGCAAUUCCCUACAGUUGGAUUUGAGAAGGAAACAAUGAAAUACAAGGACUGAGAAGGCUCUAAUGGUGCAAGAUAUAUCGAUUGCCUGAACCCGCCGUGUUUUUAAUUUCAAAGUGAGCAAAGAAGAGAUGAAUGCGUUUUAAAUCAAAGGAUCUUGUUGGACUUCCCUCUACUAAUUCAAGAUGAAAUUAUUGUUGUUUAUUUGGUCGCGCAACACCGAGAAGAUGCAGAAACAAAACAUGAGAGGAAUGAACGUUUUGUGUUACAAAUGCGAAUAAUCAUACAUAUAUAUGCAAGCAUUUAUACCCUUCUCUUUUAUUAUAAUAUAUACAUUCUAUAAUAUUAACAUUA